AUGGCCCCACCCAGAUCGAGAAGAGACUCACUCUUGCGUUGCUGGCGCCACUUUCUGGUCACAUUUAACAUAAGAACUCAUACAGGGGAGCAGCCAUUCAGAUGCACCACAUGCGGGAAAACGUUUACCCGGAAGCCAGAUUUACUAAGGCACGGAAGGACUCAUACAGGGGAAAAGCCUUUCAAAUGCACCACUUGUGGGAGAGAUUUUACCUGUAAGUACAACAUGGAAAGGCAUAAAAGGACUCAUGCAAGGGAGAAGCCAUUAAGAUGCACCAUGUGCGGGAAAACUUUUACCCAUAAGUCACAUUUACUAAGGCACGUGAGGACUCAUUCAGGGGAGAAGCCAGUCAGAUGCACCACGUGCGGGAAAAUGCUUACCCACAAGUCAAAUUUACAAAGGCACGUAAGGACUCAUACAGGGGAGAAGCCAUUCAGAUGCACCACAUGCGGGAAAACGUUUACCCAGAAGUCAAAUUUUCAAAAGCACGUAAGGACUCAUACAGGGGAGAAGCCAUUUAGAUGCACCACGUGCGGGAAAAUGUUUACCCAGAAGUCUAAUUUUCAAACGCACGUAAGGACUCAUACAGGGGAGAAGCCAUUUAGAUGCACCACGUGCGGGAAAAUGUUUUCCCGGAAGUCACAUUUGCAAGAGCAUAUGAGGACUCAUACAGGAGAGAAGCCAUUCAGGUGCACCACAUGCGGGAAAACGUUUACCCAGAAGUCAAAUUUUCAAACGCACAAAAGGACUCACACAGGGGAGAAGCCAUUCAGUUGCACCACAUGCGGGAAAAUGUUUACCCAGAAGUCUAGUUUUCAAAUGCACGUAAGGACUCAUACAGGGGAGAAGCCAUUCAUGAAGAAGUCAUUCAGAUGCACCAUGUGCGGGAAGAUUUUUACCCAUAAGUCACAUUUACUGAGGCACUUAAGGACUCAUUCAGGGGAGAAGCCAUUCAGAUGCACCACAUGCGGGAAAAUGUUUACCCACAAGUCAAAUUUAAAUAGGCACGUAAGGACUCACACAGGGGAGAGGCCAUUCAGAUGCUCCCCGUGCGGGAAAACGUUUACCCAGAAGUCAAAUUUUCAAACGCAUGUAAGGACUCAUACAGGGGAGAAGCCAUUCAGAUGCACCACUUGCGGGAAAAUGUUUACCCAGAAGUCAAGUUUACAAACGCACAUAAGGACUCACACAGGGGAGAAGUCCUUCACAUGCAUCACGUGCGGGAAAAUGUUUACCCUUAAUUCACAAUUGCAAAGGCAUGUGAGGACUCAUACAGGGGAGAAGCCAUUCAGAUGCACCACGUGCGGGAAAAUGUUUUCCCGGAAGUCACAUUUGCAAGAGCACAUGAGGACUCAUACAGGGGAGAAGCCAUUCAGAUGCACCACGUGCGGGAAAAUGUUUAGCCAUAAAUGUAAUUUUGAAACGCAUGUAAGGACUCAUACAGGGGAGAAGCCAUUCAAAUGCACCACAUGCGGGAAAAUGUUUACCCAGAAGUCAAACUUACAAGUGCACAUAAGAACUCAUACAGGAGAGAAACCAUUCAGAUGCACCACAUGCGGGAAAACGUUUACCCGGAAGCCAGAUUUACUAAGGCACGGAAUGACUCAUACAGGGGAGCAGCCAUUCAGGUGCUGCGAUUGUGGAAAUGGGUUCAGCUCAAAAUGUCAUCUCAAACAACAUGUCAUGAUCCACACAGGUGAGAGGCCUCACAGGUCACUGUAG